UUUUAUUAUGCAUUCAAAUUGCGGAAAAAAUAAGUCUUAGAAAAAAUAUGGAUUGAAAUUUUUAAAUAGUUGAAUAAAAUUCCAAAAAUAUGAAUCAUUUUAUUAGGGGUAUUGUGAAUACAAGAACAUUUGUACAUUUCAAAAACGCAACACAAUUAGAUUGUGUGGGUGCAAGGCUAAAACGUAAUUUUGGUAGUCUUUCGGCGAGGCAAGCUCUUACCCAAAACCAACUCAACAAUGUUAAAUCAGCACAUAACGCUAAUACUAGGCGAAAUAACUCAACGACUGUUGUAGGAGUUGAAUCUUCGGAAGCAGUAUCAUCUGUAGAUCUUGGUUUCUUUGCCAGUGUAUAUCAAUCGCUGUCGACCAGCACUCCAGUGCAUUAUAUGCAACAGGGUUUGAUAGAAAUACACGAUUUUACUGGUUUACCAUGGUGGCUAUCGAUAGUGGCAUCCACAUUUCUGUUUCGCAGUUUGGUUACUUUACCAUUGACCAUUUACCAGCAUAAAAUAACUGCACGCAUAGAAAAGAUAAGUUUGGAAAUGCCAGCAAUUGUGGAAGAAUUGAAGAAGGAAGCAGCAGUGGCAAUGAAGAAAUUCAAAUGGACUGAAAAACAAACUAAACUUGUUUAUCAAAGAUCGAUCAGAAAACAAUGGAAUAAAUUGGUGGUGCGCGACAAUUGUCAUCCUGCAAAGACAUUCAUUGUUUUAUGGGGCCAAAUUCCACUGUGGAUUUUCCAAUCCAUGGCUUUGCGAAACAUGAUAAACAUGAUGCCAGAUCCCACCUCGUUACAAGCUCAAAUUGUUGUUACGGAAAUGACCAUUGGAGGUUUUGGUUGGAUACCCAAUUUAACAGUUGUCGAUAGUUCGUAUAUAUUACCUGUGGCGUUGGGAUUGAUUAAUUUGGGUAUUAUUGAGAUACAAUCGAUGCUGCGUAAUCGUCCCUCAACACGUUUUCAAAAUAUCAUUACAAAUGUUUUCCGUGGCCUUAGCCUUUGCAUGGUUCCUGUUGCAUGCACAGUACCAUCAGGUCUCACCGUGUACUGGGUUGCCUCCUCAACGUAUGGCUUAGUGCAAAAUUUAAUAUUGGCUUCGCCUCGUGUGAAAAGAUCAUUGGGAAUACCAAAAACUAAAAGUGAAUUGGAAAAUCCAUACGAAAAUCUAUGGACAAAAAUGAAACAACGUACCGGUUUGGAGAAAUCUUCCUCUGAAGAAAGUGCAAUUUCGCAAACGAUAGCACAUAAAAGCUCCGAUAAUGAAAGCAAAUCAAAAGAAAGCAGACGAAAAUAGUGUUACCAAAAAAAAUAAAGUUUUAUUUAUUAAAAAAAUUGUUACGAGAAA